UCCAACAACGACUAAAAAAUAGCCAAUGUGUCUAAACUUCAGAAGAUACUUGUCUGAAGUAAAUAUGUCGCAUAUUCUAAUAUUAAAUAGUAGUUGCAGUGUUAUUGUUGUGUCAGUCACUGGCAAAACACUGAAAGUCCUUUAGCGGAGGAAGGUCUGGCAAAGCGAAACUACACACAAACUCAGUCUCGUGCAAGCGUUUGCAGGUCCAAAACACGCAAAGUGACGUACACUCCCACGCUGUCUAAACAACAUGAAGGGACUUCGAGAGAGGCCGACCUGGUGAGACGGAAAUUCCCAUGCACUGGGGCUUUCCUGGACCAUUUUGUUUGCCUAUAUCAGUUGUUGUUAGUCGCUUUUAAAAUUAUAAUUCGAAUGAAGUUAGAAUGAUGGACGAGUCUGACCCCCUAGCUCCGAGUCGCUUUAAUGACAGCAAGUUAAAAGUGAAAGAAAAAACGCCGUUAAAUCAGGUGAUGACUUUUAAAGCCUCCAACAUACAGAGACUGGUCCAGGUGGUGCAGAAGGUGGUGCAGAAGAGCUGCAGAACAGCCUGCCAGAUGUUCUGCUGCCCCUUAGAUACUCUGCUGUGUGAAAAGGUCACAUGCUGUCCAGGUGAACCUCAUCAACCUACGGGGGAUAAAACUACACAAUUGGCACUUCAGAAUCCACCAUCCACCAUUUUGAUUGUGAACAUCAGCAACUCCACCUUGAUCGACUGCGUCAUCGGAAACGACGCCUACCAAUCUGCGGCGGCUGAAAGUCGGCCUCUAAUGCAGGAACCUGAGCGUCGAAGGCAUGAUCCGGCGAGGUGCAGCUGCAGCCCUGGACAGCAGGGGGCAGCACAGACCUCUGCUCCCCCUCCUCCCCCUCCUCCUCCUCCCCUUGCAUCCGCCCAGCCUCGGAGCAUCAACAUCCACAGCUCCCGUCUCAACUGUGUCAUCAUCGGAAACAACAACUACAUGCACGCCGAGCAGAUCCUCUCCACUGAAAUGGAAGUACUGCGUGUGUGAAGCUUUGACACACACACACACACAUGCACACAUGCACACACACACACACUACACUCUCUAUCAACACUGUCAUCUGGAGGAUCUAAGUAUGAGAGAAAACAUUCAUAGUCUCCACACCACUUUUUUUUUCUUUUUUAAAUUUACAUUUUAGAUUUGUGUCGGUCUUUCAUACCGACCUGUUAUUAGUUUGACGAUCGUGUUUUUUAUAUUUAUUUUUGGGGUAUUUUAUUUAUUUGACAGGAAAGAUGAAGACAUGAAGAACAAGAGGAGAGAGAGGGAAUGACAUGCAGCAAAGUCUGCCUCUUCUACUACUUCAGCAUUAUUUAAGGCCUCAUUUAACAAUGAUUAAAAUUAGCAAUAUAUCUGUAAUUAAUUCAUUGUG